AUGGGAGUCCCACAGAUCUGGAAGCAGAUCAGGGAUAGCGGCACACCGCUCAAUUGCCCCACUCACAAACGUGUGCCUUUCGUCAAAUGGAUCAGCGAGAACAGAGAUGCGCGCAUCGCGAUAGACGUAUACCAUAUUCUAUUUGAAUGCGGGUUCUUCCAGUUUGAUCAAGUCGGGAAGCCCAUACUUAACUUCGUGAAACGGCUUAAAGAGCUGGUCUCAUUUGAUGUUACGUUUCUUUUAGUGUUUGAUGGACUCGAAAAGCCUCGGAAAAAGGGAGUUUUUGGUGGGGUUCAUCCAAAGUUCAUGUCCAUAGUUGAGGAGCUUCUGAAGUCACUCAACAUUUCUUACGUUAUGGCUCCUGGGGAAGGUGAGGUCCAGUGUUGCUGGCAUUACAAAAAUGGGGAUGUUAGCUACGUGUGGAGUAACGAUUCGGACUGUUUGAUAUUUGGCGGUGACUGCAUCAUUAAAAACUAUUCGAAGUCGGAGGAUGAUGCUGGUUCCAUUGCAAACCAAGGGUCCCUUCACAAAGAUCCUUACGUCACGGUGUUAAAUUACAAAGAGAUGGAGAAGCGUGGGAAACUUCUGAACAGAAAUUCGCUACUCUUCUUUAGUGCCCUGUUAGGCGGAGAUUACAAUUCACAAGGUGUUAAGGGUUUGGGUUCAGAAAAGGCAUUAAAGUUGGCCCGUUUGGAGAGACCAAACUUUUCCGAAGAGUUUGCCAAGAUCCUGAACGGUGAAGUUGAGGAAGGUGUAUCAAUGAACUUGGCCUACGUCACCUUUCAACACAAAUUAUUCCGGUUUUGCCAGUCUCAUGGUAAAGAAAUCUUUGGCAAAAAUUAUAAUAAUAGUUUGCUAUCGGCGGAUAAGCACAACUUCGAGAAUUGGCCCCAAUUAUCGACCCUGCGGCAUUAUUCACAUCCCAGGUAUGACGAUUCUGUGAAUAUUGAUUCGGUUUUUAAUAAAUUAGUCUACGCAAAUGUCCAACAUAAUAAAGGGUACGAUACAAUUGAUUUUGACAGGUUAAGAGACUUCUUGUUAAGUGUGAAAUUACCUCAAAUUGUGGAUUUCGACAAAUGGUUUCAUGAAACAUUCCAUGAGAUGUUUCUAUUGAAGUAUCUGCUUUAUGACGAGGGGGGCGUGACAAAUGCUAAGAUCACUGAUGAAAAGGAGACAAUGUUUGACCAAAACAUUUCACAUCGAGUAAAAUUUUGGAGGGUCCGAUACAGGAGUUUCAUUCAAGGUGUUCGACCUUCGACAAGAUCGCGUUCUGUUAGCCCUGUUAGGGCUAACAGAAGCCCUGAACGAAGAAGUCUGGAUAUUCAGGAUUUUCCUUUUGCAAUGUGGAUACCACAAAGCUGUAUACCCGAAUCUCAUCCAUUAUUAAUACAAUAUAAGGAAAUGACUACCCAACUGCUGAGUGAGAAGGAGAUGAAGAAAAAGAAAAGAACGCCAUCACCAAAGAAACGGUUUGCGCAGUACCGACAAAGUAGUAACCUUGACAGUUUCCUGUCACGACAUGCUUCCCCCGUAAAUAAAAAUGUAUCGACAUUGGUACAAAUGAAACAGGCUUCGCCUUUGAAAAGUGUAACCAAGAGGUUAUUUGUCGAGGAGGACUGCGAAGUGGAGAAAGAGGAUGGCUCAGCCGAGGUGCCAGACAAAGAGGAUGACGACUCGUUGGUUAUAUUGGAGGAGGUUUGUCAGGAUUCGAGUUCGUCCCGUCCAUUCUCUCCCUCGACAGAACAGGCAAAUCUUGGUUCAGAUAAAAGCUCUCCAAAGAAGCACAACUCUGGAGCGACCAGCUCUCCUGCUCUACACAUUGAGCUGGUAAAGAAACAACUGUCAUUCAACGAGCACGACCGCAAUCCCAUUCGAUGCUCCACAGCAAGAUCGUUGCCGCUCCCGCAACUCAGUAGGCCAGCGACCCUCGCGUACAACAGGGAAUCGUCUCUGCUAGAUCAGAUCGCGCUGGAUGCAGAAGAGCUGCUAAACCAGAGUGACUUUGACACCAGCGAUACUGUCGCCAGUACCAAUGACGAAUAUGAGCCCUAA